UUAAGAAGUAACGAUAAUCAUUAUUUCGGUUUCGAGAUUAUAUUGAGCGUAUAGCACGCCUGGGCGUAUAGAUAGUAGUCCGUGUAACGACCUUCUCUAUUGUUUCUUUGAGUUUGUCUAGGAAUCCAGCGAAAUGGUGUCCAACAGACGAGACCUUACAAUUAUCUCGAUCGCUCAGCUUGUAAUGGCAGGUGUCCUCUUCGUGCUCGGAAUGGUAGACCAUUUUGAAGUUCGCUACAUGUAUGCCAGUCUCAUAUUGAUGCCAAUUUGGAUUGCUCUUCUUGUAAGUACAUUAUAUUUCUCAUUGGCUAAAUCUAUAAAUUAUUUCUCAUAAGAAUGCAUUUAGAAAUUGUUAAGUACAGAAAGCCUCAAAAAGCCCAAUAAUCCUUUCAAAAGAUUGUUGAAACGGCGUGUUAUUCUGUGCGCUUUUCAAAAUUCGAAAGUGCAACGAGACAAAGAAAUAUUCUAAUGCGUUCAGCUGAUAUCUGAUUGGCUCAAUUGUUUUGUUGCUAGGUGAAUUUCAUGCUUUAUUAAUUCCUUCCGCAUGAGUCGUUGAGUCAUAAAAUUGAUAAAUAGGCCUGAAAUGAAAUUCCAUCUUGUUAUUGAUUCAGCACGUUGCCUAGCACGUGACUAAAAUCUACCCAGGUGGAGAUCCAAAAUGACGGUGGCAGUCUUGGCUUAGUUAUAUCUCUCAAAACUCGUUCCCGUUUGUCUCAUUUGAUAAAGAGGGGAUCGUUAAUGUUUUCAUUAAGACAGUAUUGCCUUGCCUCAAAAAGUAACCCAGUUGAAAUCAACACUGGUAGUAAUCGUUUACAUUUUAUGACUACUGAUUGAGCAGUUGAAUGUUCUUCUAACUGUUUUUUUAGGUCAUACCCAUUAGCAUCAUGGGAUUGGUUUUAACCAUGAACAGGUCCAGACCCUCCUCUGCUUUGGUGAGAAUUAAAAUAACAUAAUACUCUUAAAAGUCAGUGAUGCAGUGAUGUGUGUUUGACUGAUCUUUUUUGUUUUUGUUUGUUUGUUUAUCAUUCUUUGCUUGUUCUUGACCAUUUUCCCACCGAGCGUGCCUUUAAAGAAUAUUAUGGUGUUUGACCAAGAACUUUGUGCCUCUAAAAUCUCAAGGUUUAAAACACUUGUGAUUUUACGCCAUCGCCAUUGAUUAUUGCAGAUGAGCGGCCUGAGGUCAGUGAGCGUUGCAUGUGCUGCUGUAUCAGUUCUAACCACAUUUACCUAUGCGAUAGCACUCAAUAGCAUAUUAUUCAUAAAAUAUACGGAGGCAAAAACUGAUUACCGGGAAUCUCCAUGGUUUGCUGACAAAGGUGCAAAAAUCGAGUUCCGGAAAGAGGAAAAAACCAUGAUAGCUGUACAUGUCUUCAUUAUCAUAUGUUCCAUCCUCGAAAUUAUACUUGCCAUGGCUAGUGUCCGGACCGCCAAAGCCAUGGCUAAGGAGCCACAGGACACCCAGGUUUGUGAAGUUAUUGUAUGUGCAGUCAAUAAAUUAGAUAUGACAAUGAUAAAAGAACUUAUGAUCCGAAAGUACUGCAUCCCAAACAGUAAUGCAUCCUGUUCUUUGUCAGCAUCUGUUUUAAAAGGAGUAAUAAAGGGAACAUUAUGUACUCGUGAUGUAGACAAUGCCAUCUAUCAAAAGAUCAUUCAAGUAGUAGUAAUUUCUUUAUUUGGCAAACGUGAAAUUCUUUAAUUCAGAAUUGCAUGACUUUGAGAGGAUUUUAGCGAUCAGUCAUUGUUUGUCACCUAAGGGGAUUUUGAGGACUGGAGGGUUUUGUUUGAUCUAUAAUAAAACCUACCUCACCCUCUUAGGGCUCUGGGGUAUUUUUAAUUGACCUCUCACUCAUUCGCGGUCAGUUGUCUACAGCCUCCCCUUUAUAUUUUGUCAACGAUGACUGUUCCCCCUCCAUUCCCCCUGGAAAGCAUGUGACCCUCUGAAAAACCUCAGACCACCCCCAGCGAUGAAUAAUGAGGUUGUUUGUCACCAAGGGAACUUGAGGGAUCGGAAGGUUUUGUUGGUUUUACAAUAAAUUAACCUCAUUCCCCUCAAAGGCAUUAGGUAUUUUUAUGAUUCUUCCCUUUUUCGCGGUCAAUUUUCUACAGUCCCCCCCUUAUACUCUGUUAGAGACGACUGAGCCUCCCUCAAUUCCCCCUUAAAACCAUGAAACCCGUCCCCCCCCACCCCGUCCCUACGCGAUGAAUCAUGACUAUCACCUAACGUAAAUAUUGUUCAUUACAUCUAAUAAUCAGGCAAGCGUCGCCUAUCGUCAAGUGGCAUUGGAUGGUGUCCCUUUGAUAGUCUCGAGUUCAGAUCAAGAGGCAGCUUAGAUGGUAUCAUCUCCAUACACUGCUGUACAGAGGGCGACCUGAUGUAAUUCAUCGUAAUUUCGUGGCCGAGAUUUUUUCUAGAUAUCUGAAGAUCAAAAUGUACCUCGUAGCUCGUAGUAUUAGU